AUGGAUAGUGCAGCAAUGGAGGCGAUUGUCAACGAUGGCUCCGAUUUGUCGGUGGAGAAGAUUACAACGCUCGUGGCCAUUGAGCGUAGCGGCGCCAGCAUGUCGAUGAUUGCGAUAUCGAUGAUUGCCAUUGCGUACCUCGUCUAUCCGAAGCUUCGGACGACGCCAAACACAUUUCUUCUUUUUGCCUCGAUUGCCAACGCUGGCGCUAGUAUCGCAUCGAUGAUUGGGUAUGAUGGGCUGAUGCAGGGCGACGAGUCAGCUCUGUGCCAAGGCCAAGCUUUCAUAUUCGAGUGGUUCAUGCAAGCUGAUCCGUGGUGGUCCUGCGCCAUGGCAUGCAAUGUGUUUCUAGUCUUCUUCUGCAACGUCGACCCGACGACUUUUCCACGCUACAUUUGGGUGUACUGCUUAAUCUGCUUUGGCGGCCCGCUGAUCCCAGCAAUCAUCCUCAUUUCCGUCAAAGAUCGAUCUCGCGGCCCGGUAUUUGGCGACGCCACGCUGUGGUGCUGGAUUGGUCCAAAUUGGAGCCUGGUGCGACUCUACGCGUACUACAUACCCAUUUGGAUCUGCAUUUUCCUGUCCAUUGUUAUUUAUAUAGUUGUGGGAUGUCGCGUCUUCCGGCAUCGAAAUCGGCUGCGCAGUGCCGGACUCCAAAGCUUGGACAAGAAUGGCCGCCUACCAUCCAUGCAGACAACCGAUGUCGACGACUCGGCCGAAGAAAUUUGCCCGAACAGAAUCGAGUACUAUGGAACAGCCGUGACCGAAGUCCACAUCGAGUCCGAUAUUUCGCCUUGCGACGACCACGGCCAUCUAAUCCGCCAGCCUCCCACGCACGCUGCCACCAUCUCAACGUCUGACCAUAACACGGCAGAGACCAGGCAGGCAUUACACACAAUGCAACCUAUCACACGUACAUCCGUUUCGGCUAUCCCAAGAUCUAACAAGACCAGCUUCUCGCAGCAGCUUGGCAAGUUGAAGCGGACCGCAACUUCGCGUCUGAAGCGGCUAGACCCAGUCAAAAUGGCAUAUCUCCGCACGAGCUUCAUUUUUGGCUUUGCUGUGCUGGUCACUUGGAUACCCAGCUCAGUCAACAGAUUAUAUAGCAUCGCGAAUCAUGGCCACAUCAACUUUCAGCUGAGCGCUUUGGAGGACGCUCUCGCAUAUCUGUAA